AUGACGACCAUCGCAGCAUCAACAAAACAAUCAAUGACGACAGGAGGUGGAGCUAGUAAUAAUAAGGGAGGAGAGUGGAAUGAUGUCACAAAGACUGGAGUAGUGCUAUUCCCAUUCAAUGCCUCUCAUAAGUUCCAAUUGCCACUGUCCGUUGGUGACCUGGUGCAGAUACACUCACAGACGGCGGUCGAGGGCGAUCAAGGCUGGUUCAGCGGCGUCUCCAUCACUACACAAGAGAGUGGCAUCUUCCCUCAAUCCUAUGUUGUAAUACUACCAGACACUGUUGACGAGGCAACAUCGCCUCAUCAUGUACCUAUAUCCACAAGACUUAACAUACCAAACGAACAAUUCACCAACUGCGCCAUACUCAAUGAGAUAACGACAACGAUUGUCGAAUGGGCGACAUUGCUCAAGAUAUUCUCACAGAACAAGCAGCACAACGACUUUAAGACAUUGACACAUAGGAUCACGCAGCUCGUGCAGUUCAGGAACCAGUUGUUGACUCUAUCGUCGCCCAAGGAGAUCACUUUUGAGCUCAGGGACAAGAUCAUUCACCUGAUCGACGAGGGCCGUCAGGAGACGGGCAUGAAGAUCGUCCUGAGGAAGGAGAUGUCCAACCCGCACUCGGUGGCCUCGUCCAACCCGCGCAACAGCAACGUGUCACUGCAUGCGCUGGCCGCCACCGACCUGAUCUUGGCCGACGCAGAAAACUCUGGCGUGUUUGCCCUGUGCACGAUGUACCAAGAGAAGAGACAGCUGAUCAGCCCACACGAAGCCAAUAACAGACAACUGCUGGAUAGCGCCAAGAAGGAGGAGGCGACGGGUCCGACCGCCGGCAGCGCCGUCACAGGCAUGGCACUCAACGGGUCCACUGGCACCGCCCCAGGAUCGCAGUCGCCCGCGGGCGGCAGCGGCAGCGGUCUAAACAUAUCGCCAUCGACAAGCAGCGGGAGCGGCAUUGGAUCCGGGCUUAGUGGCUCGGGCUCACUGCCCAAACAUCCCGAGUCGCCAAUAGCCAACGGCAACGGCUCGCCACAGUCAGCAAAGAAGAACUUCCUCAGCAGCGUGCGAAUUAAGGGCAAGAUGCCGACCAAUUCAUUGACGGGAAGCGGGGGCAUGCCUCCCUUGCCAGUGUCCGCAGCCUCUGCAUCCACGCCAAACCUCCACUUACACACACACAACGGGUUGGCGUCGACAUCGGCACAAUCACUGGCCAACUCACACAUCUCGCUGACGUCAAGCCCACCCUCAACGGCGCCAGCCCCCACACACAUCCCGCACUUGCAGAGCCAGCUGUCGCUGCUCAACCUCAGCUCGGCUGCUAACAACACUACACCACGCGGAGCUCGCGGUGGCCAGCCACCCCUGAUGCUCAAGCCAGGCAAGUCGCUAAAGACCUCGCAGACACUGGACGGCAACUCCAAGUGUCAGCUGGUCGUCUCGCUCAACAACUUCCUGUACUCAUCGGGUGAGUAUCUGGAGCUGGUGCUGAGCGUCUACAGUAAGACAGAGGGCAGGUUCCUCACGGAGAACUAUUGCGGCAUCGUGCCACCCAGCGGCAUCUUUGUCGAGCCCGAGAGUCCACAGGACAAGAUACGCACCAUCUUCAAGGACUUGGAGCCACGCGAUCUCCACUCUGAGCUCUACCUCGUGGCCAAGAUCUACAGGCGCACGACCAACAUCAAUUCGAAGGACCCCAACUCCUCUCCAACAAUGACGAGAUCCAACGCCAGCAUGAUGCCAUCGGCCAUGUCACUGAACACCUCGUCGUCCAACGCGUUCAUGCAGACGAUUGUGGCUUCAGGCAGCAGCAACAAGCAUUUCAAGAAGUACAUUGGCUGUGGCGUCAAGCGACUCGACCUGCUCAACAGUGUCGACACACCAGUCGAGCUGCUCAUCACACUUUACACGUCGUCCAACGAGACCAGUUUGGCCACACUGCACGACAGCAUCAUUGCCGAGGCGACCACAACAUACGAGCCAAUCACUCGCGCCAAGGGUAUCGUAUGCACUGUGCAACACUUCUUCUCAGACUAUGCGCAGUUCCUAUUUGAGAACGCGCCAUACCGCAGCGUCACGGCAUCGCUCAAGAUGCACCUGCCAGAGGUCAUGCUGCCGGGCUACGACCGCAACGACCUCUACCUGCAGUUUGAGGACGGCGAGUUCUCCGACAAGAACAUCGAGGUCACAGUCGUGGGUCGCUCCAACGACACGGGCCACAUGAUUAGCGACUCGAUCAAGUUUGCCAACGGACAGCCCGAGCUGUCUGAGUACCGCACAAGCGUGCAGGCGAGCCCCAGCUCGCGCUGGAACGAGUCCAUCAAAGUGUGGAUGUCGGCCAAAAGCUUUGCCAACUCGCAUCUAUUGUUCACUGUGCGUUCGUGCUCCGAGAAGAAGGACAAGGAGCGCCAAACCAUCGGAUUCGGCUUCCUGCGGUUCCUCAACGAUGACGGCUGCAUGAUCAAGGACGGCGCACACACCAUCAACAUCUAUCGCGCCGCCUCUGAUGACAUCCCGUUGGCCAGCUACAUCAAUGGCGUGGUGACGGACGCCAAGUCAUCGUCGUCCAAGAAGCUGGACACACUGCGCGUUCGCACUUCCUUUGUCUCUGUGUGUCACACACAGAGCCCCCAGGUGGUACAUCUGUCCAAAUGGCAGUCCUUCCAAGGCGAGCUAUCCACACUCAUCAAAGAUAUCACAUUCCUCAACCAACAAGACCUGAUACGCAACCUCCAAGAGAUCUUUUACAACUUCCUCGCGAUCAUGGAUCAACAACUACACGACUCGCCACUCUCCAUGGAGAUAUUCAAGGCACUUAUAUUCAUCAUUGGAGUAUUGGUGGACUCGAGAACGGUCAACUUCAGACCCGCAUUGGACAUGUACAUUUCGAAAUACUUUGGCCUGUCGCUGAACCCAAGCGGCUCGCCUGCAGGCAUUGCCGCACACUCUCAUUUGUUGCGUUCGGUCGUCAAGAAUCUGGAAAACUUCCAAGACCCCGCUAACGCAUCAAAGAUUAGCUCAUCGCUCAAGGCACUCGAGUAUGUCUUCAAGAUGGUCAUUGCAUCGAGAUCACGCUUCCCCAACAAGGUGGACGCCAACGUCAAUAACGAGAACUAUCAGAACAACUUGAAGAGUGUCGUGGACAUCCUGUGCGAGAUUAUGAUUUCCAACUCGCCCUCUCUGAUUGGCGCGCAGACGAUCGCGCUCAAGAACUUCGAGGGCAUGUUCUCAGACCUGAAGCGUUUCUUCACGGUCGAGGAGAUGGGCAUCAUCGCGCUCAAGUUUAUGAAGUCCAUCCAGCAUCUUGAGAAGAACAAGACGUUCAACAUGCUCAAGCUCAAGCUUCUGUCGUCGUACCUGCACGGCGAGCUCAUGCUCAACAAGGACACAAGACGCCAGCUGCAUCCCAUCGUGUUCCAGCUGCUGCAACUGCACUUUGGCAAGUCAAUCGAAGAGACCGAGGUGUGUCUGACCGUGCUGGGCCAGAUUACCGACAUCAUGAUCACCAAGUCUGAGAUACGCGCUGACAAGGACACGUGGCUCAUGGACGUCAUGACCUUCUUUGUGCAGAUCCUCGAGCUCCUGCAGCUGAUCAAUGUCAGUCUGGCCGCCACUGCACCCACUACCAUCACACCAGGCAGUCUGAACAAGCGACGUAGCUCAAGCUCAUCAUAUUUGAACGGCGCAUCGGCAUCGGUGUCCCUGGCGUCGAUGGUGUCGUCGCUGGGAGAGGAGAGCCAGGUGGACCUGCGUCUCAAGAUCUACGCCUUCAUCCUAGGCACUGCUCGCUUGGCCGGCAUCCAGCACUGGGAGAUGUUCAGCAAGACAGUCUCGUCCAAGACGUUCUUCAUCGACCUGUUUGACAGUCUUCAAAAUCUCUUCGACUCGCCCAAGAUCCCAGGCGACUUUUGGACGUUCACAGUCUUCAAGAUGAAGACCCUGUUGCGCAUGACUCGCAUCCUUGAGGACGUGAUCUUCUACCAGUCGUCGGCUGCGGGCACCAAGGUCGCCGGCCAAUUUGAGUUUGCCUUGUGGCGCUCCUUCUUCCUGAUGACCAGCUCGUACCUCAACAGCAAGGACUUGCAGCUCGAGUCGGUCAACCCCGCCAAAGCGGUCUAUCUAAAGUCGCGCUGUGGUGACGUUCGCAUCGAGAUGGCUCGAGUGAUUGAGCGCGUGUGGAAUACUGUGCCGCUCAAGGAGAAGGCAUCGUUCAUCCCCGUCUUGGUCGACCCCAUCAUCAAGUUGUACAUCAGCGACUCUGCCGAUGCCAAGCGUCUGGCCACCCGCAUCCUCUACGACAUGCUCGAGGGCGAGAUCACCUUGAACGGAGGCCACGCCGAGCUCAUCAGCAAGACUGUGGACUCGCUUCUCGAGUGUGGCACCAGUAUCAGCGACGGCAUGACCUGGCCGCUCGUUACCAAGAGCAGCGACGGCAAGCUGCCAUUCACACAAAAGACAUUCGCGACUGUAUUCAGCACGCAGAGCAUGCAGCUGGUGCUGUCCAAGACGGACGAGGAGGUCAGGAUCAAGGCCGAGCGAUUCAUCGUGGACGUCACACACUUUAUCAACCUGCUGACGACCUUUAUGAACGACGUCAAGAACCAGGACGAGGAGGAGAUCUUCGCCUCGGUCAGCAAGCUCAUCAUGUACUUCCAGGAGAACAAGCGCACCAACCACUUCAUUCGCUUCGCCAGCAUGUGUAGCAAGCGACACUUCACCAACGGCAACUUUAUCGAGUCAGCCGUGGCCGUCAUGUUGCAUGCCAACCUCUACCAAUGGGAUCACAACAAGGUGGUCAACGCCAUCAACUGUGACUACGCGCCAUUCCCCGCGCAAAAGGAGUCGGAGCGCAAGGAGAUACUCUACAAAGAGGUGCUGGCAUGCUACAACACUGGCAAGGCAUGGGAUCGCGCCAUCCCUCUGCUCAAGGAGCUGACGCAUCACUUCACCAUGAACAUCUGUGACAUGGUCUCGGCUGCGACGUACCUCAGACAACAGGCAGCGUUCAUACAGAAGAUCAAUGAGACAGAGUCAAUCUUUGAGGAGUACUUUAGAGUUGGAUACUAUGGCAAGAAGUUCCCUGCUUCAAUCCAGAACAAGGAGUUCAUCUACAAGGGCAAUGAGUUUGAUCGUCUAUCAGACUUCAUCGCCAGGACUUGCGAGAAGUGGCCCAAGGCUGAACUGCUCAAGUCCACCGACACGCCAAGCCAAUCAAUCAUGGACUCGGAUUCACAAUAUUUAUUAAUAACAACUGUAAACAUAUCAAGCAUGGGAGACAUCCAGAAGAGACAUAGCCUCAAUUACAUUGGAGAGAGCUUCAGUUCAAAGAAGAGAGUACCUCUUAGAGUACAACAACUGAGUGCAAGGAACAAGGUCAAUGUGUUCUUGUACUCAAAGCCAUUCAAGAGAGCUGCACAGGGAACAGUAGCAGGAUCUGCAUCAAAGUCCACAAACGAGUUUGAGGACUUGUGGCUGAUGAACAUCUACCUGAUUACCGAGACGCACUUCCCUUGUACGGAACGUCGAUCACUGGUCGUCGAUCGCCAUCAGUACGAGGUGUCGCCCAUUGAGAACGCACUCAACAGUGUCGUGCAGAAGAAUGAGGAGCUGAUGGCACGCAUCGAGAAGUAUGGCCCACACACGGCCAACAACACACAGCCCGACAGCAUCAACCCUCUGACCAUGACACUCAAUGGCAUCAUUGAUGCGGCCGUCAACGGAGGCAUAUCGCGCUACGAUCACUUCCUGACCAACCAAUACCUUCAGAAGCAUCCGGACAACAAGCACUUUGCCGAGUUGCUCAAGGUUGCGAUGGAUCAGCAACUAGUACAUCUGGAGCAUGCUCUCAAGCUCCAUGGACAACUACGAUCGACUGACAUGGCUGCCAUGCAUGAUAAGCUUGAAUCCAUAUUUAAUACGAUGAGGAAUGAAAGGACAGCACUCAUGUAG